GAAAGAAAGAAAAACACCACUAAAGAGAACAGGUGUAACAGCUCUAAUAAGAUCUGUAAAGUAGCCCCUACAGUGGAGUGACGCAGGCUUGGCCACAGAGGAGUUUUUGGUGGACCAGGGGCUUUCAGAGGGACGCAUUCAGAGUGUGCGCACCUGCGUAAAACACAAGCAGCGUCCGCUAUCCAGGAAUUGCAACCCUGUACAGGUGAGACCAGCUGCUCCUCCGUCUAUACGAGGAGGCACUCCCACGAGGAAGGAUCUAUUUCACAACAAUGAAUGACAUUUCUGCUGGAUUACAAACUACGAAGGGCUGCUCUUACGUUUUCUCCCCUGAGCAGCAGUGACCGUCGCGUCCAGACACCGACACCUUACGCACCGUCCUCUCACACAUCUCUACUUGUUGUCCUUCUGCGACAAACAUGACAUCCCCGCUACUGGCUUAUAUCCUACUUCUUUCAGCCCUUCAUACCUGCUCUCUAACAAUCGAGUCCGAGGAGGACUACGAGGAUGUCACCGUGAACCAGAUGCUGGCUCCUAAAUCCCAGCAAACCGACGCCACGGAAAUACUCAAUAAUUUACUGAAAGAAUAUGACAAGAAACUGCGACCGGAUAUUGGAGUUAAACCAACUGUCAUUGACGUUGAUAUAUACGUGAACAGUAUUGGGCCAGUUUCUUCAAUAAAUAUGGAAUAUCAAAUUGACAUCAUCUUUGCCCAGACGUGGACAGACAGUCGCCUCAGAUACAACAGCACAAUGAAAAUACUGACUCUGAACAGCAACAUGGUUGGACUUAUUUGGCUACCUGACACCAUCUUCAGAAACUCCAAGACUGCAGAUUCCCACUGGAUUACAAUGCCUAACCAGCUGCUCAGGAUAUGGAACGAUGGGAAGAUACUUUAUACCUUAAGGUUGACCAUAAAUGCAGAGUGCCAGCUGCAGCUGCACAACUUUCCAAUGGAUGAACAUUCAUGUCCGCUCAUCUUCUCCAGCUAUGGAUACCCACAAGAUGAAAUGAUUUACAAGUGGAGGAAGAACUCUGUGGAGGCGGCUGACCAAAAGUCCUGGCGUCUGUACCAGUUUGAUUUUAUGGGUCUGAGGAACACUACAGACGUCAUAAAGACUACAGCAGGCGACUACGUGGUGAUGACUGUGUACUUUGACCUGAGCAGAAGAAUGGGCUACUUCACCAUCCAGACAUACAUCCCCUGCAUCCUCACUGUGGUUUUGUCCUGGGUGUCCUUCUGGAUUAAAAAAGAUGCCACUCCAGCCAGAACAGCUUUAGGUAUAACCACAGUUCUGACCAUGACCACUCUCAGUACCGUGGCCAGGACAUCACUGCCCAGAGUGUCUUAUGUCACCGCCAUGGACCUGUUUGUCACCGUCUGCUUCCUGUUCGUCUUUGCUGCUCUGAUGGAGUACGCUACGUUAAAUUACUACUCGUACAGCGUUCAAAGACCCAGCUACAUGGAACCGAAAAGACUGAACUACUCAGUCCUCGAUGUGAGACCUCCUCCACACACAGUCAUCGCUUUAAACAACUCCAUGUACUGGCAGGAAUUUGAAGAUGCUUGUGUCUACGAGUGUCUGGACGGAAAAGACUGCCAGAGCUUCUUCUGCUGUUUCGAGGAGUGUAAAGAAGGCGGAUGGAGGAGAGGCCGCGUCCACAUAGAUGUACAUGAACUGGACGCAUACUCCCGCGUUUUUUUCCCCACCUCCUUCUUACUCUUCAACAUCGUCUACUGGGUAGGCUAUCUCUACCUUUAGCACACUGAGGGUGCCUGCUUGGUUUCAGGAGAUGGACAGUGCAGCUUAACAGAGGUAAUUCAAUCUGAAUAAAAGGUAACACCAAAUAAACUCUUUCCUGUGGACCCUGAAGCAGUUACCUGGAGAUGAAAACACAGUCAGGAGGACUGUGCGUUUGUGGUGUGCGUGUGUGUGUGCGUGUCUGUGUGUGUGCGCAGCCCUGUGCCUGGCAGAGAUUUCAGCCUCAGUGACUUCAGGUAUGAGAAUACAUCACAAUAGUGACUCUCUUCAUAUGCUGUACACAGAGGGAUGUCAGGAUGGACUGUGCACUAACGACGACUUGAAGACGAAGAAGAAAAUGUGUCCCAGACUCCUCAGUCAGGAGGAUGGCUUGUGUUGUAGGGAAUGCUUUUAUCCAGCCAUCAGUCAGAUCCAGAUGAUGAAAAUCCAAGGACGUUCAAACCAUUCAUAGUGCCUUCCUCUGGAGGGGUAGAUACUAUCUGCUACAAUAAUCAGGGAAUAAUGAUUUAUUAAGAAAAAUAGAAGAGCCUGGUUUUGACUGAUUAUGGCUAUUCUCAUUCAGAACCCCAUUUAAAAAAUGGCCAUUUCUUGGAAAACACAAAGGAUUAUUAGAUUCUUAUCACUUGAUUAUGACUUUCAGCCACUAGACAUGGCUCAUCCCUCCUUCGUCACAACACUUUGAGUUCUCUGUAUGUUAUAAAGAUCAAGCUGGUAAAUGGACGAUUCAAAUGAACUUGACAGCCAAGAUAACAGCGUGUGCUUUACUGGUAUAUUUUUAUUACAUUUUAUGGUGUUAAACCAAUUCUUUCAAUGGUUCUUUAUACUGUUUGUGUUACUAUAGUAACAAGUCAAACUGUGGGUUUUACUUACUCUACACCGGGGGGGGGGAAGGAAAAUUAAAUUACUGAAGAAAAGUCUGUCUUUGGUACAAAAAACCAGCCAACAGAGAUCAACAACCACAUGUAUGUGCUUAUGAAAAAAUACUUUCCUUUGAAAGAAUACUUUUUCUAUAUUCUGCGAAAUACACCUGUUGAAUUUCUUGUAUUAGAUAAGAAGACUUCCUCCAGGACCUAUAUAUAAAUUUAGAGGUCCCAGCUGGAUCGUUUAGCUUAGCAUAAAGACUACCUUCUUGGAGUUUAUGACUUUGGCCUCCCUGCAAUUUGGUUUUUGCACAUACGAGAAUAAGUCUACUCUGCUUCACUUAGUUUGGCAGGACCAACAUCAGUCACACCAAUAAAUCUAUAGGAACAUGACAAAGAUGUGGCUUCAGUUAAAAUUAUCCCAUUUAACUCUAUAACACUAAUGUGCAGUUCUGUAACAUUAGCUUUGAGUAUAAAACAUACUUUCCAUCAAAAUAUAUUAAAGUACAACAAUACAUAACAAAUUGAAGUACUCUUCUUUUAUUUCCCCUUAUAUAUGAUCUAAUGAAAUAAAAUGGCUCUAGAAUUAGUCAAAAAUGUAGGAAUCAUUAAAAAAAUGAAUUAAAGAGCUUGUUUUUUGGUCCACCCAGUCCUGAGACAUGUGAGCCUUGUCCGGUGAAGGCACAGUCUCCCUGCAUUACAGAAAACUCUGGGCGAGAGAAACACAAAAGCGUUUAUUCUGAAGGGAGAAAAUGAUCUGCUGAAUAUAAUUUUUUUUAUUCUUUUUAUCAUUUAAAUUCUAUUGGAAAUUACCACUAAAUGAUAUUUAUUCAUUGUGUGAGUUAAAAUCACCCAACAUUAGAGUUCUUGGGUUGAAUUUAAAUAAAUAUUCCUGGUACAAAAUAAAGUAUGUCAUAAAAAAGUAAAACUUUAUCAACCUUUAAUGCAAGAAGGAUCUAAUAAAGCUAUGCCAGCACCAGAUUAAUAAUAUGCAGUUAUUAACACAAAUAACAUUUAUAAUAUCCAGGGAUGCUAGGCCUGACCUAGACUCAUUUUAAGUUCCCACCAAAACAAUAAAAACCAGCUUCCCUCUUAUCUAAUAAAAACCCAGAGACAGCACAGACAAAAUAUACAAGACUGCAGCCUACCAAACAGUAGCAUAAAGCAUAUAACAAUAACAUAAAAGAGCUUAAAUAAUACAACAGGUCAGGUUAUAACAGGCCAAACGAAACCCAGAACCUGCUUCAAUCAAUCAUCUAACUCUGGACAUGGAGGCAAAAUAUUCUAGAAUGUGUAAUUAUUCUUUUAAAAGAAACCUUAGCAGUGAGUUGUUGCUGAUCAAUGUGAGUCACACAUAUGGAAUGAACAUGGAAGUUUUCUUUUACAUUUGCAGUAAGAUGUGGAGGCUUUGGGGGUGGAAAAUUUGGGGUUAAAUGUAUUUACAGGCAGCAGGCGCAACAAAACUGUUUAUGUCUACCAGCUGGAUUGUCACAGAUUGGGCUCCUUUGAGAUGAAACACCCUGGGAGCCGAGGCAGCCAUGCUUAUAAUGGAAGUGUUCUUUUUCUACAUGAGCAUAUUCACACCGUGUAUUGGCGUCACACAGCAGCCACUCCUUAGCACACACUAGAUAAAGUAACUAGGCAAAGAAUAGUGUUUGCUCUGCUGUUUAACUAAUGCCUAGGUUCAAUGUAAUGGGUGUCACUGGUACAUAAUUGUAGGCACAAAUAUAAUAAUCCUGCUUAUUACAAUCACCAAUCUCUGUUUGCAUGCAAUAAACAGUUACAAUUACGCUGAAGAGGCUAUGAUACGUUAGAAAUAGAGUUAUAGUUUUAAUAUGGACUGUUUGUAUCAUAAUUUGAUUUCCGUGUUUCCACCUGGCAUUAGCGACCGUUGAAUUGCCUUAGCGUAGCCCACCCUGAGCUGAGACGAACACCAGAAAGAUGUAUUUACCUCUGAUAAAUAACCUCAGCGUGGUUAAGACCUCACUUCAGCAACGGUUACUCCUUUGCUUUUGGCAGUAAACCAAGUCGGAACUUUUUAUAUCCCUUUUUCAGCUUUUUUCUUUUAAUUAUAUUUGCUAUGUUUGUGCCAAAUAUUUCACACAGGUGCCCUCUCAUUUGUUUAUUCAGACAUGCCUGAGCAACCCUGAAAUGGUUAUUUUAAUGUUUUAAUACUGAGGAAACAGCACGGUGUGGUAUGUUGGAAAAACUUGUACUCUACCAGGGUUGACACUGAGUUAUGGUACAGGAACGCAUACGUGAAUAAUGAAUUCAAGGCUUUUUUAAAUUUCUUUAUUUGCUUCAGUUUAAUUAAAUGACAUCUUAAAAUGGGAAAUGUCAAUGUGCAAAAGAAUAUUGAAAGAAAAUUUUCAGGAUUUCCACACAGAAAAAGGGUCAACUCUGUCAACACUGGUGUAAAGUGCCGCCCACUAUGCCAGCAGCUAAAAUGAAUGAAAAUGAAAAUGUUGGUUUGCGUGCUCAAUGUGUUUCUUCAACAAACACAAAAUGCUGAAAGCACUUCUUCUGUUCUCUUUGUUUCUCAACUUGAACAGCCACGUAUCAUUUUCUCUGUCCUAAUUUGGGGGCAAAAAUGUACUUUUAUGAUCCAUGUUUGUGUUAGCGGAGCUGCCCAGAUGUGACAGUGCCCCGACUCCCUUCUGCUGACACAUGAAGGGCGAUGCAAUAAGAUUUUCUGAGUGGUGCUCUACCUUACACUCUUACACUACAUUACCAUGUAAAGAUG